CAUGGCGGGGUGGACCGAGAGCGGCGAAGCGGGCAACAGCAGUGCCACUACCAGCAGUAGCAAUUUCAGUGUGCUCAGCUGGGAGCAGGUGCAACGGCUGGAUAACAUACUAACAGAGACUAUUCCGAUCCACGGCCGAGGAAACUUCCCCACGCUGCAGAUGCAGCCGCGCCAGAUCGUGAAGGCGGUAAGGAGUCGACUGGAGCAGAGUGAGAUCCGAGUGCGCGAUGUGCGCCUCAACGGCUCCGCAGCCAGCCAUGUACUGCAUGAAGAUAGCGGCCUGGGCUACAAAGACCUGGACCUGAUCUUCUGCGCCGAGCUCAGGGGGGAGAGCGAGUUCCAAACGGUCAAGGACAUAGUGCUGGAUUGUCUGCUGGACUUUCUGCCCGAAGGAGUAAACAAGGAGAAAAUCUCACCCUUGACCUUAAAGGAAGCAUAUGUUCAGAAGAUGGUGAAAGUAUGCAAUGACUCGGACCGCUGGAGCCUCAUCUCACUAUCCAACAACCGAGGCAAGAAUGUGGAGCUCAAGUUUGUUGACUCUUUACGACGGCAGUUUGAGUUCAGUGUGGAUUCAUUUCAGAUAAAGCUGGACUCUCUGCUCCUGUUUUAUGAAUGUUCUGAGAACCCAAUGGCCAAAACCUUCCACCCGAGCAUCAUCGGAGAAAGCGUGUAUGGUGACUUUGGUGUGGCAUUAGAGCACUUACGCAACAAGCUGAUCUGCACGAGAAACCCGGAGGAGAUCCGAGGUGGUGGCCUGCUCAAAUACUGCCAUCUACUGGUAAGGGGGUUCCGAGCUGCCUCUGAAAGUGAGAUGAAGUCUCUUCAGCGUUACAUGUGUUCUCGCUUCUUCAUUGACUUCCCUGACAUUAACGAGCAGCAACGUAAACUGGAGUCCUACCUCCAGAACCACUUUGUGGGCUUGGAGGAUCGCAAGUAUGACUAUCUGAUGACGCUGCACGGGGUAGUAAAUGAAAGCACAGUGUGCCUGAUGGGACAUGAGAGGAGACAGACAUUAGGGCUUAUUGCGAUGCUGGCUGUGCGUGUACUGGCUGAGCAGAACGUGAUACCCAAUGUAGCUAACGUGACCUGCUACUACCAGCCUGCACCUUAUGUAGCAGACGGCAACUUCAGCAAUUACUACAUUGCUCAGGUGCAACCAGUAUUUGCUUGCCAGCAGCACGCGUACUCCACCUGGUUACCCUGUAACUGAGCACAUGGAAGAUAGAGAAAGAAAAAAAUGCAUUUUCAUACCUAUUUUGAAACAAAUGUAAUCAUUUGUCAUGAGCAUUUUAAAAACCAGAGUAAAUGAGUGAUUUUACACUCUGAAUUGAAAGCCCUAUGCUCCAGAGAAUGCAUAUUUAAACAUAAUAUACAGGUGAAUUAAUAAAUAUAAGUUGGCAGGAUUUUACCUCUGUGAAAUCCCUGUAAUGCCCAGUACAAGAAGGAUAUAUUUGGGGCAAAAUAAAUUAGCAUCUUAAAACAAUGCCAGCAAAUAG